UUGCAUGGCUUUUCCUCUAGCCAGUCUCUGCAUCUCCAGUCCUUGCAUGCAUCCACCUGUAGCGUGGUAGAUAUGUACAUUGAUGGAUGUUCCACUGCCGUCCGUGGUAGUUCCAUUACACAUUCCUGCACUCUCGCACACCUCUUUUGUACAAUGUUUGCAUCCACCAUCGCGUGGUUAACGUUGUAUAGUCCCUGUGAGAAUGCACUCAACGCGAUCAUGGAACAAGCAGAUCACUUUGCCGUGGCAGAGGAGACGACGACUCUCAAAAGCAGACUGCUGCAGCUCCUGGCGGAGUCUGAAAACAUCACCGAUCCUCAACAGAAGCUCACAAUGUACAGGGCACAAGUGAAUGCUUUGGAAGCCGUUCGCGACAGUAUGAAUGCCGGUCCCGUGAGCACCACCCAAGACAACAACAACCACAACAACCAUGGCAAAGCCGCCAACGACGAAGCGCGGGUCAACUUUCGCACGAGCGAUCACCCGGAGCGCGAGCCUGCUACCACUACCCCCGACCGCAGCCAAUCUGUGCAACGAUCCCCUACACCGACUUUAUAUGGCGGCUAUGAAUAUCACCACCAUAUCUUGCUCCGCCCGCCUCAGUAUAGCCAAGAAUGCGAGUUUUGGGACUGCGACCGCAGCAUCUGCGAGUGUACCCAUCAAGAUCAAAUGGAACUAUACCCUAUUCUGAUCUCUUCACUACCAGAACGUCCCGCUGACGGCACCCGUCGAGGAGGAGAAGGGCGUUGGCCGAGAACGCGUCGAUAGCUUGCGCAUACCUUGCGGUUCGCUUUGAGGUAUUCUAACGCGACUUGGGUUGAUGGAUUUUUCCGCAUUCGCGUCUGUCUGCAUAUCUCUUGCGGUGAUU